AUGGCACCCAAAAAAUCUGCCAAAAACCUCCCGCCGAAAGAAUCGCCAGUAUCUUCACCCACUCUUUCUUGGCCACGUCUCCAUCCUCUCCUCCCUGCCUCUUCACUCUCCUUGCAGUCAAUCCUCCCAGAGCAAAUCGUUACGGUCCCAAACUUCUUCACAUCAACUCUAUGCAACACAUACCUCUCAUUCCUCCAGAAAAAUGUAUCGCUUACAACAACCCCCGGCAAGCCAAAGAAAGGUGAAGCAGUACGCGUUAAUGAUCGGUUCCAAACCAUGGACGAAGUGUUUGCGAAGACUUUAUGGGAGCAGAGUGGACUCAAGGAGAUUGUUGAAAGAGAGGAAGAUCAGGUGGGGCUGUGGGGCGGAGAAGUGGUGGGGUUAAAUCCGAAUAUCAGGAUCUAUAGAUAUAUGAAGGGGCAGUUUUUUGACAAACAUUAUGACGAUUCCAACCUCCUUCCCUCAUUCCCCACAUCCAACGCUUCUGGGUCUUCGAGAUUACCCUGCGAGACAACAUGGACACUACUAAUAUACCUCACAGGCCCUGCUGAUGGUAUAGUCGGCGGGGAAACAGUUUUCUACACAGAAGCUACGAAGAAGCUAAAAAGUGAGGAGAUUGUUGUGGAGCCAGAAAAGGGACUGGCACUAUUACACAGGCAUGGGAGGGAUUGUAUGCUGCAUGAGGGUAGGUUGGUAAGUGAGGAUGGUGGAGUUGGGAAAUGGGUGCUGAGGAGCGAUUUGGUAGUUCGAAGAGCAAAAUAA